GGAUUGUGACACAGGACCCCUCAGUAUCCUCAGUCAACUGGAUUUAUACAGAAUGAAGUGGCUGAUUUUCGCCUUGACGUUGGGCGUCCUGUCCCUCGUAGAAGGGCGUGAUGCUCUGGAUGCCAGAAUUGUAGCAGCCAGGUCGACCAAGACGGCGUUCUUCAUCACCACAUCCACCACCGUCACGCCCUUCACCUGUGCCUUCGCUACCCAAGGUGACGUCUGUCAGAAGAGACGAUACCGGCGAUAUUCUCACAUAAACGACAGACAGUUGGAGUUGGAUAACAACGAGAUUCAAGCUUCCCUAAAUGGCAUGCUUGAUCGCGAGGAGCGUGAUGUUGAUGACCGGGACCCACGUUUGGCUCUCACCUUUUGGACCACUGUCUCCUCCUCUUACACCGUUACCACCACCUCCGUCGAUACUGGCACUACCUUCUCCCUCUCCUUCUUUUGCACGGUCAACGGUGUAGUCUACCCUCCCGGUUGUUAGGCUAAUUGACUCCAGAGCAGCGGGCAGUGGGCCUUACAGUACAUCUCCUGCGUGUAGGUGUUGAUUGAAGGUUCUCAUAAUGUGGAACAAGCGAACAGGAUAAAAAUACUUGGGGUUCUCUCAUGUUCAUUCCUCCUGAUAAAGUUGGUUUUGUUAUUUUUGUAUUUCAAUUUGCUACAAAUGCCAAAAUAUUUGUGAUUACUUGUGAGUCUGAUUCAGGGGAUGCAGCUAAAAUUGUCGCUCAGCUGACAGACUCACAGUGAACCUCUAGUUAGUUACUCGCACGUCAGGAGAAAUACUGUAAUCGAUCAUGGCGACUUUUAUUUAUAUUAACUUUAAUUUAAGCAUCGAGGGGUCAGUUAUGUACAUAUACAAAUAUAAAUAUAUAUAUAAACAUACAAUUUAUACCACAA